AUGGUUCAGAAGGUGGCGAUGGCACUGGUUGCCAUCCUUGCUGCCCUUGCCCUCGUCAACGCUGAUGUGUACAUGCACAACCCGCGCGGCUCCAACAAUCGUCUUGAAGAGCGAUCAGCCAACCGUGCCAAUGGAAACCGCAUGUUCGAUUCACAGAACAACAACCGCGGUGGCUACAACAAGGGCGACAGCGAUGACACGGCCUUUGGAAACAAUGAAGACAAGCAGUAUGACUUUCAGUACUUUAUGAGCCACCCCAAGGCUUGGGAAACUCCCUAUGACUCUGCGGCGGUCGGUCGCUCCAUUCUCACAGUUGAGUGGACCAACCAACACGGUUGCGGUGGUAACGAACACGACGAUCCGCACAAGCUGAACUGCAACCUCAUUCUGCAGUACAUGUGCAUUCCGGACGACCCGGAAGAUGCCGACAUUUCCGAGGGUGGUCGCACGGGUGCCGCCUCGGAUUGCGAAAAGGAAUGCCUCAUUCCCAACGAAAACAACCCGACGUGUACUCCCAGCCUGCAGUUCCCAUGCCGGAAAUCCCCAGUCAUCAGCCGCACCGACUGCGAGGACUUUGGCGGCGUUUGGGUGGAUGGUCAGAUCAACGAUGAAUACAACUGCAUCUAUGGUACCGAUCCUAACAACGGCAUGUGGCCUCGCGAUGGUGUGACAACCAACCGUCAAGAGUACGACCAAUUUGCCAACACGGCUGAGACGGUUGGCCAGCGCCAGAACCGCUUCAAUGGCGAUGUCCGCGCGGAUCGCGGCCUGCACGAGACAUGGGAGUGGUACGACGAGUGUUAUCGCCGCGAGCGCAACCGCGGGCUCUUCACGGCCGAUCAAAAUCUCCGCAACAACAAUGCCGGCUACAGCUCGGCCGUCUUCACCCGCCAAAAUCCCAACGACAAUCGCCGUGGCUACGAGUGCCCCGAGGAACGCGACUACUGGCCCUAUUGGCAUCCUAGCCCCUGGGUUGAUAUUGUCAUCAUGACGGAUCGCCUUGACCUGUGCCCCUUCUUCCAGACCGAGUCACAAAACGUCAAGGGCAAGGGCCUGUGCCGUAACACGGCAGCCUGCCCCAAUUGCGUGCGCUACAACACUUUUGCGACUUGCACCGCCAACUCGGGCCGCUGGGUCAUGGCGGCCCCGCACGGCGUGCCCGCCCCAGAGUGCAUUCAAGCCCCCUGGUCCCGCGUCAACCACCUCGGCAACGGUCGCUUUGGCCAGCCCAACACCUACAACUGGACUCUGCCCUACCUCACCCUGGAUGGUAGCCUCGAUGCCAACGCUGGCGUUGACCACCGCUGCGUCCUCCGCCUUCGCUACAACAUUAGCACGGAUGACUACGAUGCCUGGAAGGUCAACAGCACCUUCAACAACAACGACGGUGCUGGCAUCGUCUCCCCCGUCAAGCAGAACCCCAACGUGGACAUUGGCGCCAAGAACACGGCCCUCCGCCUCGCCAUCAACACGGCCCAAUUUGGUCGCACCUUCCAGGACCGCUCCCACGUCUUCCGCCUUGUGCCUCGCGUCGAGUCGUCCGCCCUGCGCGACCGCCUCCGCUCGACCGUUGACACGACCGAUGACUUUUUCUUUGGCGAGCGCACCCUCUACAACCUCAAUGUGCGUGGUAAGCGCGGCAAUAUUGUUCAGACCUUCCCCUCGGUGGAGUACGAUUUUGUCCCCAAUCAGCUCCACGUGACAGAGGAUGAUCUGAUCCACAUCCAGUGGGCCGGCUCCAACACCCACAACAACGCCAACCCGGCCGGUGAUGGCCAGGCUGGCGAUGCAGGUGAGGGUCGAGGCGGUACCGACCGUCACAACUUUGUGCAAAUGCUCUCGGGCGACCAGUUCAAGACCAGCUUCCCCGUCCCUUGGGAGAACAACACCCUGUUUGGCAACAUGAUUGAUGCCAUCGACGCCUUUGUCCCCGCCCACGGUAACCGUGAUACCAUCUACCGCCUCACGUACGAGCUGGACUCGGACGAGGAGACGCGCACCUGGGCUGAGGUCAAGCGCGAUUGGGCUCUGCGCAUGGCCACGGCCGGCUUUUACACCUCAUACAACGCUGACGGUGACAGCACGUCCAUCGCCAACAACAACCAGAACCUCAACAACCUUCUCGAUAACGCAGAUGCGUCGUACGUGGGUGGCGUGUUUCGUUUCCGUGCUGGCACGUACGAUUACAUGUGCACUCGCAACAACAACUUUUCCAACCGCGAUCAGAAGGGCCAUCUCAUUGUGACUGUCUGA